AUGGCAUCAACUUCUGCCUCCAGCGGCAGCGGGGGAUUCAUGGAAACAUCAGUCCUAUCCCCAGCGCCGUCAACAUCAACAGUCACACCGUCGAUGCUCCCUAAGCAAAGGUCACACCCGCUCCGAGCAGGGUCUAUGAAAGAGACCACCGUGAUAAAUCACGUUGACAAGGCAAUUUUGGCGAUUAAUCGACGGCACGCGAAGAAGUUUAGUAGUGUUUUUGAGCAGCCUCAGGAGCAGGGCCGGAACGGUGCCAGCACUACGUCUACUGCCGGAAGUGGGAAAGGGGACAAGGGCGAAAAGUCUGGCGAACGGGGGUACGAGAGUUUUAAGGAGGUCGUGAAGGAUGUUGAGGCGAUAGUUGAUGUGCUUUGGGUCAGUGGGACUCCGUCUCUUCAAAUACCCUACCUAAUUUCCAUUUCUGUCCUUGUAAACACCUACCUACCAGACUAUCCCUUCAUGCCGAAACCUACAUUUCGGCUUCUCCGCAAGCUAGACUCUUUUUUUGCCUCGUUGAUACUAGGCGAAGAUGCCGAGACCGGCCAGACUCUUUCGGGGUUUGAAGGGCGGCGUAAUAUUGUCUCUACGACGGAGAAAGUGAGGAUAAAGAGUAUUGCGGAGACGGCGAGAGUUCUUGUUGUCGAGGCCGGGGAAGGAGGGGCCCCUGAUGACGACGGCGAUGACCUUGACGAUGAGGAUGAUGAGGAUGACAUGGAUAUGGACAAUGAUGGGUUUGGACUGGGUGAUGCCCCUGGGAAGUGGGAGAUGGAGACAGCGAGGGUAUAUGAGAAAACGAUUCAGUUGUUGGGCGACGAGUUAGGGACAGAGGUGGAGUUUUGUGACGAGGACAUGGCUCGUGGUGACGAGGCAGAAAAUGUUAUAUCUCCUGAUCCAUGA